AUGGCAAGCCCAACUACUGGCUUCUCGAUAAACGUCAACGAUCCCAGCUUGAUCUCGCUGGUGAACAAGCUGCAGGAUGUCUUUGCGACGGUCGGAGUUCAGAACCCCAUCGAUCUGCCUCAGAUUGCCGUCGUCGGUUCGCAGUCCAGUGGAAAGAGUUCCGUUCUAGAGAACAUUGUUGGCCGGGAUUUCCUGCCUCGUGGUUCUGGAAUUGUCACUCGGAGACCCCUCGUACUGCAACUUAUCAACAGGCCCGCUGGUUCGCAAACAAACGGUGUGAAGGAGGAGGCCCUGGAGACGACGGAUAAGGAGGCCAACAUUGACGAGUACGGCGAGUUUCUUCAUAUCCCCGGUCAGAAGUUCUACGAUUUCAACAAGAUCCGCGAGGAGAUUGUGCGCGAAACCGAGUCCAAGGUCGGUCGCAAUGCCGGUAUCUCGCCCGCUCCUAUCAACCUGCGAAUCUACUCGCCUAAUGUCUUGACCCUCACACUCGUCGACUUGCCCGGUUUGACCAAGGUCCCCGUGGGUGACCAGCCCAAGGAUAUCGAGCGUCAGAUCCGUGACAUGGUUUUGAAGUACAUCAGCAAGCCGAACGCUAUCAUCCUGGCCGUCACUUCCGCCAACCAGGAUCUGGCCAACUCGGAUGGUCUGAAGCUGGCGCGGGAGGUCGACCCGGAGGGUCAACGCACGAUCGGUGUGUUGACCAAGGUCGAUUUGAUGGAUGAGGGUACCGAUGUUGUGGAUAUUCUUGCGGGCAGGAUUAUCCCUCUGCGUCUGGGUUAUGUUCCGGUCGUCAACCGUGGUCAGCGUGACAUUGAGAACAAGCGGCCUAUCGCAUAUGCCCUGGAGCACGAGAAGAACUUCUUCGAGGGUCACAAGGCUUAUCGCAACAAGUCAUCGUACUGCGGAACUCCCUAUCUCGCCAGGAAACUGAACUUGAUCCUUAUGAUGCACAUCAAGCAAACCCUCCCCGAUAUCAAGGCGCGCAUCUCGUCCUCCCUUCAGAAGUAUUCCUCGGAACUGUCACAGCUCGGUGACUCGAUGCUCGGAAACAGUGCUAAUAUUGUCCUCAACAUCAUCACGGAGUUCAGCAACGAGUACCGCACAGUGUUGGAGGGAAGCAACCAGGAGCUGUCCAGUAUCGAGCUGUCCGGCGGUGCGCGUAUCAGCUUCGUGUUCCAUGAGCUCUACUCCAAUGGUAUCAAGGCCGUCGACCCAUUCGACCAUGUGAAGGACAUUGAUAUUCGCACCAUUCUCUACAACUCUUCUGGUCCCUCACCGGCACUGUUCGUGGGCACCACUGCUUUCGAAUUGAUCGUGAAGCAGCAGAUCAAGCGCCUGGAGGACCCCAGCUUGAAGUGUAUCUCGCUGGUCUACGACGAACUUGUCCGCAUCCUGGGUCAGCUCCUGAACAAGUCGCUGUUCCGGCGCUACCCGAUGCUGAAGGAGAAAUUCCACGCGGUUGUUAUUGGCUUCUUCAAGAAGUCCAUGGAGCCGACCAACAAGCUUGUGCGCGACUUGGUCAAUAUGGAGGCGUGCUACAUCAACACAGGUCACCCUGAUUUCCUGAACGGACACCGCGCUAUGACUAUCGUCAACGAGCGUCAAACCGCAGGCAAGCCGACUCAAGUGGACCCCAAGACUGGCAAGCCUCUGCCCCCGCGGGCGAACAGCCCGUCGGUUGAGGUUCCUGUGGACAACAGCAACUCCGGUGGGUUCUUCGGCAGCUUCUGGGCUUCGAAGAACAAGAAGAAGAUGGCUGCCAUGGAGCCGCCACCGCCGACCCUGAAGGCGUCUGCCUCUUUGUCGGAGCGGGAGAGCGUGGAGGUUGAGGUCGUCAAGCUCCUGAUUACCUCGUACUUUAACAUUGUGAAGCGGACUAUGAUUGAUAUGGUGCCCAAGGCCAUCAUGUACACUCUCGUCCAGUUCACCAAGGACGAGAUGCAGCGCGAGCUCCUCGAGAACAUGUACCGCAACAGCGAGCUGGACGACCUGCUGAAGGAAAGCGACUACACGGUCCGCCGGCGGAAAGAGUGCCAGCAGAUGGUGGAGAGCCUUUCCCGGGCCAGCGAGAUCGUCAGCCAGGUUCAAUAA